UUGAAGAAGAAUAAUAUUAAAUGCAUUCUUAUAAGAACCAGAACCCCUCAUUUGAGAAAAGAAGGAAGGAUUGUGCUAAAGUCUUGGAGAAGUUCCCAGACAAGGUUCCUGUUGUAUGUGAAAUUAAAGAAGACUCUGAUCUUCCUAGUAUGGAAAAGAAUAUGUUCUUACUCCCAACAGCAAUGACAGCAGCUGAAUUUAAUUACAUCAUAAGGAAGAGAAUGAAACUUGAUGAAACAAAAUGUCUCUAUAUAUUUGUCAAGAGCAAAUAUCUUCUGAAGGCAGAUUCUGUGAUGGCCGAAGUCUAUGCCCUCAGAAAAGAUCUAGAUGGAUACCUCUAUGUGACCAUUGCUGAAGAAUCAACGACUGGGUCACAAAUUUGAUAAAUAGCUUAAUUUUA